AUGUCCGACUUGGAAAACAGCAUGAACAAUCUCAGCUACGACAGCACAAGGCCGUACGACCAGGCGAAUGGAAUCGCGGAGAUACCUCCCUCGGUCGACCCCAGUCGUCCACCGCAGCGCAACGACGACAACCAGAGCUGCCAUUGCGGCUGUCCGUGCUCCAAAGCCGCAGCAGCGAAGGAAGACGUUGACGAGGGCAUCCCAGUCCAGAUGGCAGCCAGCCAGCGCUCUUUCGAUAGCGACGCCAGCACCCUCUGCAGUGACGCCGAAAUCGACGGCGACGAAGGCGCCCCCGAGCAUCUCAUCGAAGUAGGCGACUUCGGCUUCCACUCUCCCGCCGCGAUCCACCGCACGCUCGCACGCCAACGACGUUGCACUUGCUUUUGUCCCAGUACGUGAAAGCCUCUCUCAUGUGUGUGAAAAGCUUUCGAAAUCCACGUCUUCUGAACUCCUUCUUCAUAGCUCCUCCGCAGGACUUGUGGUCUAUGUCUAUGAUCGACGAUGAAAGCCCCUCCGGCUCUCCGGGCGAUUCCAUGAUCGUCGAAGGCCGGGGUAGUAGCGCAGACCACAGCGACGCCGGCACGGCUUCGUCGGGAGCCUUUGGCUUUUACUCGCGUUCGUCUUCUUCGGUCUUCGCCUUCACGGGCGGCGCUUUCGGCCAGGAGCAUCAUGUCCUGCAGUCUUUGCUCACUCGGCCCCUGCCGCUGACACCCGAUGUCAGAUUCGAUUACCCGCUUGGACUGAGCAUUGCUGCCGGCGAAUUUGGUGAUUUCAGAGAGUAUGACAUGUGGUAA